CAUCUUGACCAAGUUACGAACGAACCGUCAAACAAGCAACAUGCAGUGUCCCCUCAUCGCCGUCCUGCUGGCCUUUGUGGCAUUCAGCUCUGCUGCAGCGAACCCCCAACUUCUGUCAGCCCAUUUAAAGAUGCUGGAUGUGAUGAGUGCCACCAGUGAGAUGCAGCGCAGUAACCCUGUCCUCGCCUCAACUUGUUUUGAUGAAUACAAAUCGGUUAUGGAUGAUUAUAACGAAGUUUACAAGAAGGAGUAUAACCAGUGCGACAACACGCGUAUUGAGGGAACGAAUGGAAUUCUUACGCAGUACGAUCCUUUAGUGGAUGACUUGGGAUCCUCGGUGUACCGCUCCUGCCAGGUUUUGAUCAAUUGUAGUCAAAAACAGAAUAAUAGCUUGGAUGCUCUCAACUGCCUCUCUGUCCAGGGCAGUGCCGAUUCUAGGAAUUCGUAUGAGGUUUCUAGUAAUGCCACAAUUAGCGCUGGAAUUUUGGCACAGAGUAUCAAGGACCUGCAAUUUACAUUCGAGCUUUGCGCCAAUAAAUCUGCGAAAUAUUUUGAAAACAAGUCGGGUGUGGCCUACAUCGACUUCCAGAAUUGUCUGAAAGGAUAUGACACUUGGACCAAGCCAGACUCCACUGCUAGCCCAAUCACAACCAUAAGACCAAACACCACCGAAAUCCCAACCACAACCGAAGCCCCAAACACUUCUACCCAUCGUCCAAACCACUCAACCGAGCGACCUUCAACCAUUUCUCAUUUCCAAUCGAACGACGGAAAACCGAACAAAGGAUGGGAGGGCAAGCUGGACAAUAUAAUCAAUCAUAUUUUUAAUUAGAAUAUGACUUAUAUUUGAUUUUAAACAAAAAUGCAA